AUGCACGCAAGAGACGCAGCAGGCCGGCAGGUGUCGUUAUUGAACGAUGAUGAUGUCCCUUCAUACUCGCCGCCCGUAGAAUACUCAACAGUACAAAGGCUCUCAUACUCGACUGCAAACCACGUCCUCUCUCGACCAUACAACGCCGCACUCGCCAGGAGCGCAUCAGCCUCACCCAAUGCCCCGCAACUAUCACGCUCCGACUCGUAUGACUCCCAGAACAGCAGCGAGCCCUUGUCCCCUAUGACGCCGAAUGUCAUGUAUGCCGACUACGGCCACCCAACCCCGGCACUUUACAACUCGUCAGAAAGCACUACUCCCUACGACGAAUACCUCCCCGACGCGCCCCCUCCACCAAGCUCAGCAAAAAGGCCCGUCACUUUUGGCAGCCGCAGCAGCAGGUCUGGUUCCUACGAUGACGAGAUGGCUGGCAGUGGGAACAGCAGCAGCAACCCCACAUCCACCGGAAAGCGCUACCCAUGCAGAUACCGCGACAGCCACGGCUGCGAAAAGACCUUUACCACAUCGGGCCACGCCUCGAGGCACUCCAAGAUACAUACAGCUGAAAAGGCCGUUCAGUGCACAUUCCCAGGAUGCAACAAGAAGUUCACGCGUGCCGACAACAUGAAGCAGCAUCUUGAGACUCAUUACAAGGACCGCAACCGAUCAGGCGCAACCAGGCCGACGGUGUCAGCACGACGCUCCAGCUCCUCUAGCAAACAUAGCAGCGGCAGCAGCAGCGGAAGCACGGCAGGACACAAGCUGGUCGACGGCUCAACGCCAUUGCCUUCUCCAGGGAUUCAAGGCAACAACUGGGACAUGAGGCCAAUGAACGGUUCGCUAUUGAGCCGCCCAGUACCGUCCAGGAACAUGAGCAUCGGUCUCGAUGCGUUAGCGGCCGUGGCCUGCCAGGAGGGCGCCUAG